AUGGCUGAACCCAAUCAAGAUUAUAGUCGUUUAGUUCGUGAAAAAGCUAAAGAACUUGAAAAACAAAUAGAACUUUUUGAAAAAGAAAAUGCUAAAUUACAAUUUCUUUGUAAUGAACAUAAUUUAGCUAUAAAAAAAUUAAAACAAGAUCAUGAUGAAUUUGAAAAAACUAAACAAAAAGUAAUGAAAAAAUUUCAUCAAAUGAAAGAAGAAGAAAUAAAAAAAUUAAAACAUGAAAAACGUUUAUUUGAACAACAUCGACAACAAUUACGUAAUCAUCGAGAUAAACGUGAACGAGAAGAAAUUGAAACAUUAAAAAAAACAAAAGAUUUAAAACAACCUAAAACACGUUGGUCAACAACAAUUAAUCGUUUAAAAGAACGUAUUGAAAUAUUAGAAUAUGAAAAUGCUGAAUUAAAACAAGAAAAAGAAAUCAUCGAACGUAAACGACUUGAUCUUAUGCAUCAAUUACAAACAGUUUCUAAACAACAACAACAACAACAAUUACAAGAAGAUACAUCAUCAUUAUCUAUGACAAGAAAAUCACUUGUAGAACUUCAAUAA